UGCUUUUUCAAGGUGAUCAUAUCAUCAUAUUGCUUGAGAAACACUGUAGAAAAGAACUAUGGCAUUUUAUCAGCAACAGCCGAUUUACAGCCCGAGAAUCCCAUUCACGUGUUUAAUCCAAGGAGGCUUGCAGAAUGGCAAGAGUAUUACCGUAAGUGGACGGGUUUUGCCAAGGGCUAACAGAUUUCAUGUAAAUCUUCAGUGUGGUUCCCAUCCCAAAGCAGACAUUGCUUUGCAUUUUAACCCACGCUUUGAGGGUGGCUCUGGCUAUGUAGUGCACAAUACGAAUCAAAAUGAUUGUUGGGGCUCUGAAGAACGGAAGUAUGAAACUCCCUUCCCCUCAGGCCAACAAUUCACCCUCCAGAUCCUUGUCACCAUGGAUUCAUACAAGAUAAGCACAAAUGGGAGACACUUCAUGGACUUCAUACACCGUAUUCCAUUCACUCGGGUGGACACCAUCUUUGUGGAUGGAAUGGUGGAACUGAAUUCUAUUAGUUUCCAGGAACCUGCGCCCUACUUGCCUCCUCAACCAGGUUUUCCAGGUUAUAUUCAAGUGCAACCAGUAUUUCAGCCUCAGUAUGCUGCACCUCCAGGAUGUGGGACUAUCCCAUACAAAAGCAUCAUCAACGGAGGAAUGUACCCUGGCAAAAACAUUGUCAUCCAUGGAGUGAUUAAUCCUAACGCUAAUAGAGUAACAUUUAACCUGCGCCACAGAACUGGGAUUGCAUUACACUACAAUGUUCGUUUCGAUGAGAAUGUGGUUGUGCGCAACACCAAUCAGAUGGAGAAGUGGGGAACGGAGGAACGGUUUGGAGGCAUGCCAUUUCAAAAAGGGCAACCUUUUCAGGUCACCAUCUCUUGCAAUCCUCAUCAUUACAACGUGUUUGUCAAUGGCCAACAAGCACACACUUUCAAUCAUCGUUACAAAAAACUGAACGAAAUUGAUAUUUUCGAGGUUUGCGGAGAUCUACGGUUGACUUUAGUGCAGGCCUAACAAGGAUUUCAGGAUUGCUAAGCAAUUAUAUCAUAAAAUGCACUCAAAUAAUGCAGAAGAAAAAAGCAUUGCUAAUUAAGGAGUUUCACUGUGAAAUGCAUCGUCAACUGAAAUCAUGCAAAGCACUGUGAUUUGGGCAUUUUUUUAUGUAUGUUAUGGAUGAAAAAAACUUUAUUAGUAGUAGCAUAAAGCAUGAUGUGAUUAUGACCUCAAUUGUGUUCCAUAUUCAUUCAGGUAUAUUCAUGUAGCCUCUUUGAUGCAAAGACAUACAUAGCAUGCGUUAGCUUGUAUGGUCCUAUAUGUUUUUAUAAAGAUCCUUACUCUCUCUGUGCUUUGAUGAUAUUGUGCUUACAUUAAACUUAGUAUUCCCAUGAGAGCAUCAUUGUGGCGUUAUACUGUCAACUUUUAUAUCUAGCAUUUCUUACCAGCAUAUUAAAAACUAUAAAGUUAUUCACAGAUAAGUUAUGUAGGUCCUCACAAUGCAAGUGAAUGAGUACCAACAUUUUAAAGCUCUUAAAAAAAAGUACAAAAAGGCAGCAUAAAAGUAAUCUACACAACUCCAGUGGAUAAAUCCACAUCUUCAGAAGUGAUAUGAUAGGUGUGGGUGAGAAACGGAUCAAUAUUUAAGUCAUGUUUUACUAUAAAUUCUCCUUCCAUCCCAGUAGGUGGCGAUAUGCACGAAGUUGAUACCAUUCAAUUGCAUUGUGUGGCCUACAUAGCUGAAAUAUUCUUCUUAAAAUCUUGGUGUUCAGCAGAAGAAAGUCACACAUCUGGAAUGGCAUGAGGAAUUAAAUUUUUUUGGUGAACUAUCCUUUUAACGCACAUUUAAUUAGGGAUGAUGUAUCGGCUUGACGAGCUCUAUCCAAAUCCAAUACUAUGUGUUAGUCAUGUUCUUUACUGUCAAGCUCCAAAAAUGACGUAAAAGAACCAUAAAAACACCAUUAAAUAUUCCUUUUGAGAUACAAUGUUCUGCAUUGAUUUGGUUUUUGUAUUUUUUAAGCCCAGAAAUAGUUGAGUACUCUAUUUUCUGAAGUGUAUCUGUGACUAAUGGGACUAUUCUGCAAUUGCCUAAACUAUUGUAUUGCUCUACAAAGGUGUACAUACUUUUCUAUCAGGCAUUAAAAAACUGAAU